AGCAAGGGAUAUCAGCCAACGAACCAUUCCUCUUCACUCCUUUGAUAUCUAUUCUCCAAUUCAUACCCUCCCCGUCUUUGUUUGGUUUCAAAGAUAGAGCAGAGGUUUGGAUUUGAGAUGGAGCAAAGACUUGAUCUCAUCAGCGGCUUGCCGCACGAUGUUCUGCUGCUCAUUGUUUCAAUGAUCCCCUUAAAAGAAGCAAUCCGAACUGCCAUCCUUUCGAAUGCAUGGAGAAGCUUGUGGACACCAUCCCAAGUAAAAUUGGAGCUGGGCUCUGCCCAUGAUCGGUCUGCUCGGGAGAAGAUAAGCCAAAUCAUCGGUGCAUUUUCCAUGUGCUAUGAUUAUCCCGAGAAGCUAAAACUGUGUCUUCACUCUGUCGAUCACACCAAGCAAAGAGCGGAGUAUCCUAGAUUUGAAGACGAAUCAUUUGCUAUCGUCACGAAAGGGGCUCAGGGAGAGCUCCAUUUUGAUUGCUCCGGAGGACGAGAAAAGUGGAAUAGUACUGAGUUCAAUCUAAUUCUUGAAACAGGUCGUGUGAUUUGUCCAAGAUUUUCUUAUAUCAAGAGUCUACAGCUUAGAUCUGUCACCCACGUCUCCGGAAAUCUGGCAGCUGAUUUGUUCUCAGGUUGUCAGAUUCUGGAAAGCUUGAGGCUUGAGAAGUGCAGGGGAUUGCGGAAAAUUGACAUCAGCACAAACGAUUGCCUUAAGAGCUUGACAAUAAUGGACUGCUCUAACAUUAAUAGCAUCAAAGUUUCUGCUCCCAGACUCGAAGCCUUCUCCUACGGGGGAAUUCUUCCAAAUAUUGUCCAGCUCAACGGCACACCACAUCUAAAUGAUGCUAUAUUGAACUUCAAGGACGGGUUGAAUUUCAGCGAUUUUCAUUGCGAGGAUGUUUUGAAUCUUCUAUCCUCUAUCAGGGAUGUAGAAACGCUAACUAUUAGCGGGUGGCUUCUUGAGUGGUUGUGCACUGCGGGGGUUAUUUUCGGACGACUGGAAUUCAAGUUCAGCAAGUUGAAGGAGUUGGUGUGGAUCGACUCUGUAAUGGACGCAAGGAAGCGGGAUUCCUUGGCUUGCUUCUUGAACAUGACGCCCAGCUUGGAGAGACUUUUUGUCAAGAUUGACAGGGAUUGCAGUCCAAUCCCAAGUCCAUUUUUUCAAGAAUAUUGGCACGAGCCUCAUUUGUGGAUGGGUUACGCAGACGUGAAAUGCAAUGGUCCUCGGUUAAUGUAUCUGAAAAGCAUUGAAAUUGCGGGUUUUACGAGCAAAGAGAAUGAAGUGCUGUUAAUGGAUCUUCUGCUUCACAAGGCAGUUAAUCUCAAGGAUAUGAUUGUGAUCUCACCAGACGAUGAGACUCAUAGUGCUUGGAGAGUCAGAGUUACCCCUAGGAGUCAACUGAACUACGUCCUGAGGGGCAACCAGAACCACAGGUUGCUUCCUUCUCCCUCCAGUGGCUACUCCCUCUACGUAUUAACCCAAUGCAAACGCUUGGGGCUUCGGCUUCGCCUCCUCGACGACUGAAACUUCGGCCUUUCUGUAAUUUCCUUCCCCUGAAAAACUGUAAAAUUCUUCUUUUUAGUUUAAUUCGCUCCAGAGAAUGUACGUGGCUUUAGUCAUUACGUAUUGCACAAGAAAAAAUAAUUGCAUACAAUUAUGAAUUUAUCCAUACAAGGAAUAAUACUCUGCAAUUGCAUCC